UUCAGACCACUGUAAAAGUUCACAUUCCUCUGUUCCCUCCUUCUAUCUUUCAAAAUUUCAUGAUAUACAUUGCUCAAUUAGUUAGAUUUUCUCUCACUUCCUCCUUUAGUUCCGUUCCAUAGAAAUCCCAUUUUCUUAUAUGGAACUCUGAGCUGCCAUUUCCUUUAAUUUCUCAAACAAAAUUUCCCUAAUUUGUUGAAAUCAAAAUCCAAUCUUUUCUCCCAGGUUUUCCCACAUUUUUCACACUCAAUGAUCUUCCAUUUUACUCUAUUUUAAUUUUGAUCCUCAUGAUCGUGAACGAUUAAUCAAGUUUGCAUUUUGUGAUUAGUGUUUUCAUUUUCUUCUUAGAGCCAAUUUGGUUAGUUGUUGAUGGAGAACAUUGGAGAGGCAGUGGAUGAUCAGGACUCAGGAUGGUUUGAAGUGAAAAAGAAGCAUAGAAGUAGUGCAAAGUUUUCCAUAAAGAGUUGGUCUGGGGGAUUUUUGGGAAAAAAUGGUUCUGGUCAUCAGCUUACUCAGUCCUCAUUGGGUGAAAAAAGUGGGAAUUUGCAUGGACAGUCUGGAUCCCAGCUUCCAAAGACAGGAGCAAAUCUAUCCAUACGUGGCCAUGAUGAUGUUGAUAAUUAUGCUUCAGUGUCAAAUAAAGGUGGAAAUGGUGUCAUCUGCACUGAUAAAUCAGUGGGUAAACAAGAUAAUGAAUAUGGCAAGUUGUCAGAUUUGUUUGUCACUAAUUCCAAUGCUAAAGCUGGAGAUACCUAGAAAAUAUUGGACACAGAUAAGCCUGAUGUGGCCUCCAAAAUCAAAUGGGGUGAUCUAGAGGAUGAUUUU